UUCCUCGAGUGAAGCCGCGAACAAACAACAAGCUAACAUAAGGACUUGGUAUAUAUAGUGUAAGUUUUCAGGCAAUAGUCUUAUAGAAAACAUUUAAUAAAACGUUGAAAUGGGCGUCAAAAUUGGGCUUCCGCUGGCAGCACUCUUAGCUGUAAGCUUUGCGAUCCCUACACGCGUGGGUAUACCGAGUCCUGAGAAUCAGUCGGUGAGCAUCAUAGGGGGCGACCCGGCGCCGGAGGGCAGUGCCCCCUACAUGGCCGCAGUGGUCAUUGGAGCGCAAUUGGACUCCUUCUGGUGUGGAGGUUCUAUAAUCUCUCGACGCACUAUCCUCUCAACCGCUCACUGCCUUCGUGACCAAAUGGGAGUGAUAGUCGGCACCAACCAUUGGGCAAGUGGAGGAACAAAAUAUUCUGUUACGAAGUCUAUUAGGCACCCUGGAUAUAACCACACCAUGAGAAUACACGACCUUGGUCUAAUCAUUACUGCAUUAGAAAUCAAGUUCACCGAGGUCAUCUCUCCAGUGGCCCUUGGGGGCGAUUUUGUAGGCGGUGGGGUUCUCGCAAGGGCUACAGGUUGGGGUCUUACCAAAUUUCCACCUAUACUUACCGGUUCGGAUGUGCUCAUGGAACUUAACAUAACCUCUAUUGAAGGAGAAGAGUGCAAAAAAAUAUUUAAACCACAUAAUGUGACUGUAUACCCAGAUGUAGAGCUAUGUCUUCUAAAUUCCACUGGUCACGGCAUGUGCUUCGGUGACUCCGGCAGUCCGGCUGUACGUGUGGACAAGAAGGAGCAGAUAGGUAUCGUGUCAUGGGGGCUCCCAUGCGCUAAAGGAUAUCCUGACGUAUUUACUCGAAUCAGCGUUCAUAAAAAGUGGAUCACCGAAAACACUGUUGGGGCACUAGAUUGAUUUAAAAAAAACUGAAGCAUUUUUUGUAUUUAGAUCUUCAAAUAAAUAAUAGCGGUGAGGCCAUGACUUUUUGGUAAUGUUUAAAUUGGGUUGUGUACUAACUUCCUAAAUAAAGACAGAUCCAAAACUAACGAAAAACA